AGUUCCCAUAAGAAGAUGUGUUUGUUUAUUGGCCGUAGAUAAAAAUUUUUUUAAUAAUAAUAUAAAUACAUACAUAAUAUUAUAUUGAAUUGAGGAAAGUACACAUAUUAAAGUGUAUAGGGACGCCAUAUUAAAUUUUUCGUUAUUAUCCAUGAAGUGAAAAAAAAAAGUGAAAUAUAUAUAUUUAAAAAAAAUAAAAUAGAAAAUUUUCAUUAUUAAAUAGAAAAAAUCUAGUUAAAAUUAUAGUUAAUUAAAAUAUUUUAAUGAAAUUAAUUAUACGCGUGUAGUUUUUUAGAUAAUAAAAAAAUAAGAAAUUCAAAAAAAAAAAAAUUUUUUUUUUUUUCCUUUUUGCAAAUUUUUUGAGUUUUAUAUUUUAAUUUUAAAAAUAAAAUAUUAUUUGAAAAUUAAAAGUAAAUAAAUAAAUAGUGUAGUAUAAAAAAAAUAAAUUCAAAAGUGUAUAAAAUUCUUUAAUAUUAAUUCUAAUAAUAAAUUAAACUGUAAGUGUAAUAAUUAAAAUAAAAAAAAAAAAUUAAGAUUUUAAUAUUAAAAAAAAUAAUACAAAAAAGGAAGAAGAAGAAGCAGAAGCAAAAAAAAUCCUCGUAAAAAUGUAUAGAUGAAAAAUUUUGUAAAUGGUACAAAAAUGAGUUAGCUUCUACUAAAUUUUCGUUAAGAUAAUAUGGUUGAAUUUAAGAAAUAUUCUAUUGGAAUUUUCAUUUUUCUUGUGAUAUUUCCCAAUUUUGCUGAGUUUUAUGCCCAGCGAACUACGGCUGAUGAAAUUAAAUAUAAUGCCGUUAAAACUUGGGCUGAAAAGCUUGGAGUUGAAUUAUGGCAUUUGGGGGAUUUUAUUACACGACGAAAAGAUGUUCAAGAGAGUUUCAAACAGGCUCGAGUGGUUGCAAGAUCUGGUAGUAAAAUUGCUGAAACAAUUGCAUAUGAAAUUAAAAUGAUGAUGGAUUUAAAAGUUAGUGCUGUUAGACGAAUAAUGGAUAUUGCUGAAAAUACAGCUUUGGCUCAUCAAAACGAAAAACUUCAAGCAAAUUUUUCAUAUUAUAAUGCAAAAGAAAUGUUGGAACCUCAUGAACCAGAGCCCACCGAGCCACCAAUCCCUGAUUUAGAAGACAGUGGUGUACCUAAAAUCAAAUUGCCACCGAAACGGAUUAUAUUAACAGAAAAGGCUGAAUUCUUUUCAACACCAGUAAACACCAGUUUGAGUUCAGUUCAUGUUCCCACGAACGUUUUCGAUCGAGCAUCGGAAGUUAUACAUGCAAUCAAAUGGUCAGAGAAUUUAGAUGAAACAUUUCGUGAUAAUUAUAAAAAGGAUCCAACAUUAUCAUGGCAAUUCUUUUGUAGUGCAACUGGUUUUAUGAGACAAUUUCCGGCAUCAAAAUGGCAACAGGAUCCAGUUGAUUUAUAUGAUUGUAGAUUACGUUCAUGGUUUAUUGAAGCAGCUACUAGUCCAAAAGAUAUGAUAAUUCUUAUGGAUGGUUCAGGCUCCAUGACAGGACAGAGGCUAGAUAUUGCAAAACAUCUUGUUAACACAAUAUUAGAUACAUUAGGAACAAAUGACUUUGUUAACAUCUACACCUUUGGCGAACAUGUCGAGCCUGUUGUAAAAUGUUUUCAAGAAACUUUAGCACAAGCAACUCUCGGUAAUCGUAGAGAAUUUAAAAUAGGUAUAGAAAAAGCUCAAACAGAACAAAUGGCAAAUUUUACUGCAGCUCUAAUAAAAGCAUUCGAAGUAUUAGAAAUAUAUCGUACACAAAGUGUUGGAGCUAGAUGUAAUCAAGCUAUUAUGAUAAUAUCUGAUGGUGCACCAUUCAGUUAUAGUGAAAUAUUUGAACAAUUUAAUGGACAAUAUCCGAAGCCAGUACGUGUUUUUACAUAUUUAAUUGGUAAAGAAGUAACAGAUACAAAAGAAAUUAAAGCGAUGGCAUGCGAAAAUUCUGGUUUCUAUGUACGUUUAAGUGAUUCAGCUGAAGUUAGAGAAAAAGUUUUAAAUUAUAUACCAGUUAUGGCAAGACCAUUAGUAUUAGGACGACAUGAUCAUCCAGUGAUAUGGACUGAGGUUUAUGCUGAUUCUGUAGAUCCUAAAAUGUCAGAUUGGAGAUGGGAAAUUAAACAAAAUGAUGAGCAAAGAGAAGAUGUUGUUAAUGUACGUGUCAAAGGUGAAGAAUAUUUUACGAAAAAAGAAGAAGAGAAACGUUUUCUUCAAAAACAAAGAAGGAAUUUACGUAUUUAUAGUGAUGAAUCCGAUAUGUAUCAUUUUAUGACUACAGUAUCAAUGCCUGUAUACGAUCGUAGGGAAAACGCGAAUAUCACCGAAGAUGUCUUAAUUAACGAAGCUUACUGGGAAUCUCGCACAAGAGAGACUCGGAUAGCAAAUUUACUCGGAGUAGCUGGGAUUGAUGUUCCAAUUAGAGAUCUUAAGAAAUUGUUAAUGCCAUUUAUGCUCGGACCAAAUGGUUAUGCAUUUAUUGUCACAAAUAAUGGAUACAUUUUAGUUCAUCCAGAUUUUCGUCCAAUUUUCCAAGGUGAUAUAUUAAAGCCUUCUUAUAAUUCUGUCGAUAUGGUUGAAGUCGAAUUAAUGGAUGAUGGUAAUGAUCCUAGAGUAUAUAGUUCACAUUUAAUAGAGAUGAGAGAUGCAAUUGUUAAUCAAACAACAGGAAGAUUAUGGCUCAAAACUAAGUAUCAUUUUGAUGAAAUGAGACGUGCCACUAAGAAUAGUCGAAGAUUAUAUUUUUGGACAAAAAUUCCAAAUACACCCUAUACAGUGGUUGUAACAUAUCCUGAACAAUAUGGUUUAUAUAGAAUUGAUGUUCAGGGUGAAGAGGAAAUUCAUCGUGUUAUAACAAAAGGAUUAUCAAUAUCAAGUUUUUUCAGUGGCUCAAAUUGGAGAAUUCAUCCUGACUGGAUAUAUUGUAAACAUAGAAAUAUGACAUUUUCGACAAAAGAAAGCGAAUUAUUUUAUUUUAUGGAGAAAAUGUCAGAGCCAGGAUGGAAAUGGCCACUGAGUCGAACGCCACACCCGCCCGAACAUACAUACAAUUCAGCUGCCACGUAUUUUAACGUUAAAUCAAAUUCAAAUUCGGGCCAUCCUCCAACAUCCACGGCUUACAAGGAAAGUUAUACACCUUAUUUCUGUGAUCGUGAUCUUGUUCAGGCAUUGGCGUUCGAUGCUAGAGUUACUGAAUGGUUCUCAAAAAAUAUUAGUAAUAAGGAUAAUAAAGAUGAUAAAGGAAACGAAUUCAAGGAACGUUUCGGAAUAACUGUAGCUUUCUUGGCAACGCAAAGCGGUUUAACACGUUGGCAGGAUUUUUAUACAAAUAAUAAUAGCGAAUAUAGACAAGACUACGAUAGCCAUUUUAAAGAAAUAAAAGCGAUAGAUGAAAUUUGGUAUAAAAGAGCUGUAGAACAACAUUUUAUAGAACCUCAAAGUUUUGUAUUUUCGGUACCAUUUAAUGCCGGAGAAAAUCCAAAUGAAGCUUUAGUAACUGCCAGUCAUGCAAUAUUUCAUUCAAAUGGUAAAGAGUCAGCUCCAGCUGCCGUUGUUGGUUUCCAAUUUGAGCAUUCAAAAUUAAAUUCAUUAUUUAGAAAUAUAACAAGUAGUUGUGCUGAUUGUACAGCGACGUGCGAUUCAGAUGGUAUCAACUGCUUUAUAUUAGAUAAUAAUGGUUAUAUAAUUAUUUCACCAAAUCCAUCGGAUAUUGGGAAAUUUUUUGGUGAAGUUAAUGGGCAAUUAAUGCUUCGUUUAGUACAAGAUCGUGUUUAUGAAGAAGUUGUAAUAUAUGAUUAUCAAGCAAUUUGUUUCAGAGAAACAAAUUCUGAUAAUGGAUCCAAUUAUUUAUACUCGCCUUUAGUUCACAUUAUACGAUUAUCAAAAUUGAUUAUUAAAUGGAUAUUUUGGUAUCUUGCACAAUUUCAAUUAGUCUCAUCGGAAAUGUAUUAUACAGAUGAUAAUACAACUGAUUAUGGUUUAAAUAUUAAAGAAAUGUUAGCACGUGUUACAUUAAGAAGAACACGUUUAAUGGGAUGUGAUCAAAAACGUGUAUUAUAUACAUUAAAUACAAAUAAAGAUAAUGUAGCAUUUCAAAUACCAGCAUCUGGAUGCGAAAGACAAUUUGUUGUUUAUCCAAUACCUGGUACUAAUUUAAUAUUAUUAGUUGUUGAUGUAUUAUGCCCGCCGGAAUGGGCAAUAUUAACUACAAAUCCUACAGAAAUACAAUAUGAUACAAAUUAUAGUUUAGCAUGUCAUAAAACAAGUGCAGAGCUAACUAGAUCGAGACCAACUAGUUGUAUUAAUAAACAUAUAAACGAAAGUUCAAUAGAAUUUUGUGGAGAUGCGACAAGUUUACUGGUUAAUCGAAUUUUAGUAAUACUAGCUUUAAUUCUAUUUAAAUUUCUUUAACAAUUUUUACCAAUUUUUAUUUUUUAAUUUGUAAAACAAUUUUAAAUAAAUAUAUAAAUAAAAUAAAAUAUAAAAUAUAUAAAAAAAACUGAAAUGAAACAAUCUGGAAACAUACUUAGAUAGCUUUUGUAUAUUUCACAACUAAAUAUUUAUACCUUAAACGUAUAUUAUGAUAAAAAAAAUUAAUUAAUAAAUUAAAAUAAAAUUAAAAAAAAAAAUUAAUUAAUUGAAAAAGAAAAAUAGGAAAUUAUAUUAAAAUUCUUUUGGAUAAGUUUCAGAUAAAUUUCACUUUGUAUACACAUUGCGUAUAAUAAAAUUUAAAAAAAAAUUAAACAAGCAAAAUAAACAAUGAAAUUUUAAAAACAGUUGUACCAUACAUUCAAGAGAACGAACAAAAUAAAAAUUCAUACACAGUAAUACUGUAAUAUACAAAACAUAAUACAAAAAC